AUGCAGCAUCCAACGGCGGCGGCGGCGGCGGCUGUGGUGGUGGCGGAGCAGAAGCUGCAGUGUCCCCGGUGCGAGUCUACCAACACCAAGUUCUGCUACUUUAAUAACCACAGUAUCACCCAGCCCCGGUACCUCUGCAAGGGCUGUGGCCGCCACUGGACCCAAGGCGGCUCCCUCCGGAACAUCCCCAUCGGGGGGCGGUCCCGGAAGAACACGAAGCGCGGCGGUGGCGCCGCCAAGCGCUCCAACAACCACCCAGCCAUAAUCCCCACCGCCAUCCCGCAGCCACAGCCGCCACUCUACCACCCUAACACCGAGUCCAUCUCCUCGCUGUACGCAUCGACGACCGAAAUCGACCACCUGAUGCUGAAUAUGACGGGGAGCUUCACCGCCCUUCUCUCCUCGGAUGCCAUCUUCCGCAACGUUAUGGGUAACUUCCAGGAGGAGCCGGGCUUCAUCGCCCCUCGUGGUGUAAGCAGUGUGGGAUGUACCACCCUUGAUCUUCUGAGGUUCCCCAAUGGAGGUGCGUCGACACCCCCGCCGCCGCCAACGCCAUAA